UAAUUAGCAUGACGAAUCUGUAAAUAUACUUUAUGUGCAUAAGACAGGAAAAAUUAUUUUUGAAGCUCGUGUUGUUUUGUGAUUUUUUUUAGUUUUGUAUGCUGUUAAGUUAUGGUUUGAAUUAUUUUAUCCUUUUCUGUGAACACGCUAAUGAGAAGGUAUAGCCACGACAGAGAGAUCAAUUCGCAAUGAUGCCGAAACGUUUUCGUGGGAAGAAAGGCAAUCCACGAAAUGUUUCUAGAGUGGACAAAGAAGUUUUCCUUGAUGUUGAUGCUUGUGGGCCAGGCAAAAAAGCAACAACCAUAUCGAAAAUACUGAUCUUUUUAAGCAUGUUAAAUUUUACCCAAGGUAUGGGAACUUUGGUAUUGCCGUACGCCAUUAGUACUGGAGGUUAUCUGGUGAUCAUUAGUAUUUUCGUUAUUGCAGCGUUGUCUUAUCAUAGUAGCAAAGUUAUCAUAAGAAUGCGAAAUGAAUAUAAUCAAAGAGGUUCGCUAAAUGGUCAUGCGGAACUUGCAAACGCACUGUGGGGGAGAGUUGGAUCAGUAUUUGUCAAUUUCACGGAAUUUGUUUAUUUUUUUGGUGUGUGCAUGCUUUGCAUAUUGUUGGUAUCCAAUUUUUUUGAAAUCAAUUUCGCUGAUGUGUUAUAUAACAAACGAAAUUCUAUACUCUGCGCUGGAGUGUUUUUAAUACCAACGGUCUUUAUCAGCAGACUAAGGCAACUUUAUUGGUUGAAUUCGUUCAGUGUAUGCUUUGGCAUGCUCUCCAUCAUCAUUCUGGCAAUAAAAUCUUUAUACCAAGUAAAUUCAUGGAAGUUCAAAGAGCUGUCAUCUUUCAAUGAGCAAUAUUUUUGGAUGGCAAACGGAAUUGUGCUAUUCACGUUCUCAGUUCAUCCUUUUUUAUGCAAAAUGGAUAAGGAUGUAACAGAUAAAGUUAUUUUAUCAAAACUGACAACAUACGUGUUUGGCACCUCCACCUGCGUUAAUAUCAUUUUCGGCAUAACUCUAGCGUUUUGUUUUGGAGAUACAACGAAGGAGCUUAUUACAAACAAUCUUGGUUCAAAUAUAUCCCGGAAGGUCAUAAGUGGCUUUUUAGCGUUUGUUGGUUACUAUUCCUAUCCUAUGUCUGCAGCAAGCAUCGCGAAUAUAGUUCAAUGCUCUGACUUAUGUAAAACAUAUUUCCCAUCAGUUCAAGCGUGUCAGGUGCUAACAUGGAGAGAAAAGUACUUAGACAUCAUGAUGCGGAGUGUGAUACUUUUGUUGACUGUUCUAGCUGCAGUGAUGUGGUCAAAGUUUUACAUGCUGAUGGUAAUCAUUGGUUGUGUGCCGGUUAUGUUGUUAGCUUUUGUUUAUCCGUUGUUAUUCCAUUUCUUUUUGGAGCGCGAAGCAAAUGGUCUAAUGUUUAUUAUUGGUAUUUUUUGUUCAGUUUGCGUGACUUGUAUUGGGUUGGUGUACACAGUGAUACACAUGUGGUAUUAAAAAUUGGAAUUUCGUUGAACUCGCUCAAAAUUUUUGACAGAUUGUAAGAUGUGGGGAUUAGCUAGUUUUUUUUUCGUUACAAGAGGGAUAGUUUUAAAGAAAGAAACAUUGCGACUCUCCUCAUAUCGAUACUAAAUACCGAUAGCUACAAAAAUUACCGACAAUUACGGACAAUCACCAACAAUUCCUUGGUUAAACGGCGAUAACCGAGUUUACUUUAUGAAAUAAAAAACACGUCCACAGUGAACCCUCCAAUAGCAACCAAUGCUCUGGACCAAAUAGAAAAAGCUGAAUAGACGUAGUCAUCGUAAGAAGGUUUUAAUGUUUUUACUGCAGUUGACAAUGACCCAACCUUAUUGCAAUGUUGUCAUUGCUAACAGUAGAUUUAACCGUGUAAAAAUGUAUCAUUAAAAAUAUUUACUUAAUUACCAAUAAGAUAUACGGAAAAAAA